AUGUCUGACCCCUUGUCUCUCUUCUCUGUGAAUGCGAUCCUCAUCAUGUCGACUGACGACGGAUCCCGCAUCUUCACAAAGUACUACUCAGCACCGCAUGCCCCCGUCGGUGCUGCACCCAACUCCAAUUUCCCCGGAGCCAACCCCUACCCAACCGUCAAGGAGCAGCGGGCAUUUGAGAAGGGUCUGUUCGAGAAGACAAACAAGUCAACCAGCGAUGUCAUCCUGUACGACAACCGCAUUGUCGUGUUCAAGAUGGAGAGCGACGUGAUGAUCUACGUGGUGGGCAGCGCCCACGAGAACGAAGUGCUACUGUUCAAUGUAGUGCUAUCGCUGCGAGAUGCUCUCGGGAUCUUAUUCAAGGGUGCCACCGACAAGCGUACUAUCGUCGAGAACUACGAUCUCGUCUGCCUCACCAUUGACGAGACCAUUGACGACGGAAUCAUCCUCGAGACAGAUCCCGUUAUGAUCGCCUCACGGGUCAGCCGUGCCCCUGCUGCUGACGCGCCAAACAUGAAGAAUAUCGACCUCUCUGAACAGGGCCUAAUGAAUGCAUGGGAGUUUGGCAAGCGGCGUUUGGCCGAGGGUCUGCGACACAUGUAA